GUGUUAUCCUGAGUUCACGCAGCCUGCAGCGCGGGAACAGUCAGCAGUGUGGAUCUGAGGGUGAAGUCUCUGUCAGUACAAUAACCCAGACAGACAGACAGACAGACAGCUAUGGAUCCGUCGGAGGUAGAGUUCCUCGCCGAGAAAGAGAUGGUGAAGAUUAUACCAAAUUUCAGUCUAGACAAGGUCUAUUUGAUCGGGGGAGACCUGGGCCCCUUCAACCCCGGACUGCCAGUCGAUGUUCCUGUGUGGCUGGCCCUUAAUCUGAAACAGAGACAGAAAUGCAGAAUUGUUCCUCCUGCGUGGAUGGAUGUUGAGAAACUGGAGGAGAUGCGAGACCUCGAGAGGAAAGAAGAUAUGUUUACACCUGUUCCCAGUCCUUACUACAUGGAACUGACCAAACUGCUACUGAACUAUGCGUCGGACAACAUCCCCAAAGCAGAUGAGAUCCGCACGCUGGUCAAAGACAUCUGGGACACACGUGUUGCCAAACUCCGCCUCUCUGCAGACAGCUUCAUCAGUCAGAUGGAGGCUCACGCCAAGCUGGACAAUCUGACUCUGAUGGAGAUCAACACCAUACGAGCGUUCCUUCUUGACUCUCUCAACUGCAUGUACAAACUACGCUCCAAUAUGCAGCCCGGUUCAAGUAAGGGACAGCUCACAGACUACUGAUCCACAACAUCAAGGCCUGCUGGAAAAGGUCUGGAUCUGGCCCCAAUAAUGUGGGAAGACUGGGGUUAAAGCCAUGGACUGAGGGACUUACUCACUAGGCCCUUCAUUACUCAAAAGACUGUUUUCUCAGAAAUUGAGAUUUAUGUUAAUGGCUGAUUGAAGCUAACUGAGUUUCGCUCACUCCCGAGGGACACAUGUAGGUUGUACAUGUAUCUGCCGUUUAAAAUUUGUCCAUAUUUAACUUAAUUUGGGAUGCUCACUGUAGUUUAAAACCCUUCUUGUAUAUGUUAAGUGAAACAAUAAAUGUAUUUGUGCGUA